AUGUGCGCCGUCGGUCACACACUAGUGUGGCUGCACUUCGUGUACGACCAGCUGAGCCGCUCGCCCACCUCUCGAUGUGUGCCGCCCCUCGACUUCACAACUCCGUACAGCUGGUAUCACAAGCACCUCUUUCAUGCUCGAAACGACAAGGCACAAAAAGAGCUGCCGGCUUCAUCUCAUUCUCGGAUCACGAAAGAGAUGUGGCGGACGAACAAGAUCUUCAUCACGCGCAACACCCACGCCGCCCGGGCGGGUGGGGCACAGGAGCUGGCCGACGACGGCGUUCCGCGAUCUGACAUCGCCGACUUGGGCCACUGGGCGCUCGACAAGCUCGCGAAGAGCUACAUCACGACCAUCCCGAAGGCGGCGGUGUUGAGAAAGGCCGGCUACACGGGCAAGCGCGGCGACUACCACCUCGGCCGGAGCAUGGUGAAGCCCGACGACAAGGUGGUGGCCCUCAUCGCCCAGCACAUCUUUCCGUGGGCGGAAGCGGAACUGGCCAAGGUGAGCAUUUCGGACGGCAAAAACGCCGACAACCCGCCGACCAUUUCCACGACGACAUUCUACCGACGGCUGAUUGUGUUUGUGUUUGUGUUCAACUCGCAGGCGGUAAGGUGCGCAUCCGCGAGAGAGCCCAACACGGCCGGGGUGCACUUCCUGCAAUCGCUCAUCGAGUUCGGCCGCCGAAUCGUUGCCGAGGAUCUUGCGUGCAUGCUGAUGCGCGAACCGUGGCACCCGUACGUCCAGAGUUCCAAGCUCUGCCGCGACCCCGACUUCCAGAAAUGGGCCAAGGACGUCAACCGGGUGGACCUCGAAACCAUCGCGACGCGCAGUACUCCGAGCGAGAACCCCCAAGAGGAAUUCAGCGCGCGAGUUGACGCCGAAUAUCAGGUCGACCAGCUCACCAUGAUGCUGCACCGCCAGAGGGAGGAUGCCGCGAUCGAGAAGCUUGAAAUGCAGAAGAAGUUGGAGGAGAAGGACGCGGAGAUCGCGAAGUUGAUGCAGGCUCUCAAGCUGGCCGAGGCACGGACGACGCCGACUGCGCCGGCACCGUCAAGGCCGAUGACCGCCACCGAGAAGGCAACGUCCGUCAAGAUCGAGAAGGAACAGAACGAUGACCUGACGUACGAGGUCAACGUCGUGCAUCCGUGGCGCACAUCCAAGACGGUCGAGGCUGCAUGGCGCUGGUGGAACAACCCGUCCAACUUCGACUCGCGUCCGUUGCGCGAACGUUACGACGAGCACAGAUUCCUCGUCAGACACACGCGCAUGAUCUGCAAGGACGAAAAGGGCGACAAACCCGCCGCGUCGGCGAAGAGCUCUCGUCCCACGACCGAGGUGGGUGAGACGGGGAAAAACGAUGCGCUGCAGCACUGCGCUCGCCGGAUGAGGCGGAUCAUGGAAGCGGUGCACGACUUGCGGCGGAGCGACGACGCCGCUGACACCGCCGCCGUCAUCAAGCUACUCGACCACCUGGGGCGAACGGGGCUUUCCACUUUCAGCGACGCGCUCUUGGUCCUCCGUGCAACCCCGCCCAUCAAGGUCCCCACCACAGCCGACGGAAAGUCGGUCGGCAUCAAGGGUCUGGCCAAGCCGCUGGCGAGGAAGCUCGCCGUUGCGUGGGGCGUGGUCACGGCGGGCUACAUGGACGCUGACUGGGGAAAGAGGCUCUUCGGUGACUUGUGGGAUGAGCAGGCCAAUAAGGCCGGCUUGGAGGCCGAGGCGACGGCGGGAGCCAUCGGCGCAGGGAAGCGCAAGAGGGCGGGCUGA